AUGUCAGACUUAUCCAAGCCCCAGAAAAUUCCCCGACUAAGCGUCAAUGCCGUCACCGACUCCGAACGGUGGCAAGCCAUCACCAAACGCGACAUUACAGCCAACUUCUUCGUCUACGCCGUGACAACGACCAAAAUAUACUGCCGCCCCUCCUGCCCAGCCCGACUUGCCCGCCGAGCGAACGUUGAAUUCUACGACACCCCCGCCCAAGCCGAGAAGGCUGGGUUCCGCGCCUGCAAGCGCUGCCGGCCGCAUUCAGGACAGACCGCCACCCAAAGCAACCCCCAAGCCGCAGUCGUCGAGAAGGCAUGCGAGACGAUCCGGCACAACCUGGUCUCAGGGGUGAAACCACGGCUGAGAGAUCUGGCUGCACAGGCGGGGCUGACGCCUAGCCAUUUCCAUCGCGUGUUUAAGAAACUGGUGGGCGUUACGCCUGGUCAGUAUAUUGCUAGUCGGGGGCAGAGUGGUUCGUCCUCGGAUGCUUGGACGCCGGGUAGAUUGUCGGAGGCUGAAACGCGCUCUGACUUUGAUACCGGGGGCUUCGCUCCAGAUCACAAGGGAGAGACGGGGUCAACGGGGUUGGCGGCGGUCAGUUGUCGGUCUCCGGUCAUAAUGGACGAAACUUGGAAUAUAUUCGAUGCUUGGUUUGAGCAGGAAAAAUGGGUGCCUGAUUUAUCCUCUGUUGACCCUCGAAUCAUCUUGGCGCCCGAGUGA